UUCUGCUUGUCUAGACAAAACCCAAAAGGUCGACACUCCCAGAGAACGCAAUCGUGUCUGAUCAACGGCGACGCCCAAUCUUUCGUGGAAUCUUGACACUCGCUGCCAACUCGAUUACUGAGUGUCAAUCAAUACAAUUGGGCGCGCCAAAUCUCACGCAGUCGCCAUGAUGAAGACCGGCCUGUUGCGCCACGCGGCCGUGUGUCGCGUCGCGCUCGCUGCACGCCCUGCCCAGAUUGCAUUCAGAUCAUCGUCGGCAGCCCUCGGCCGCUCCCUCCCCGUCCGGAGCGUUGCGGCCUCAUGCCGCCCAGUGGGCUCCUUGCUCCGCUUCUACUCCAGCGAGUCUGCGGCCCCCGCCCCUUCGGAAGAGGCCGCCCCUAAGCUCGUCACUCGUUUCGACGACCUUGCAUCCCUCGGUGUGGACUCUCAGCUUGUCAAUGCCAUUACUCAGGGCAUGAAAUACGAGACAAUGACCGAUGUGCAAUCCAAGACCAUCAAACCUGCGCUUGCCGGGAAAGAUGUUGUCGCGCAGGCAAAGACGGGUACCGGCAAGACGCUGGCCUUUUUGAUUCCCAUCAUCCAAAGGAUCAUCAACGAUCAGCCAGAUCUCGCGCACCGGGGCAGGAUGCGGGCGCGCUCCGAUGACAUCCGCGCCGUUAUCCUGUCACCGACUCGCGAGCUGGCCGAACAGAUUGGCGUAGAAGCAAGAAACCUCUGCGCGGGAACUGGAGUCAUUGUCCAGACCGCUGUUGGCGGUACGCAGAGAAACCAGAUGUUGCGCAAGACGCAACGGGAGGGCUGCCACUUGCUGGUCGCCACACCAGGUCGUCUGGCCGAUAUCCUCUCAGAUGCAACAACCGGAAUCGAUUGCCCCAACCUUUCGGCGCUGGUGCUGGAUGAGGCGGAUCGGAUGCUGGACGUGGGAUUCGAGAGGGAACUCAACGAAAUCCUCUCGUUCCUCCCCAACCGUGCUGAAGUUCCCCGCCAGACCCUUCUUUACUCAGCCACCAUGCCCAAGAACGUUGUUGGACUGGCUCGUAAAUUUGUCGACCCUACCAACUUCGAGUUUGUUCAAACGAUCAGGUCAGACGAAGCCCCGACGCACGAGAGGGUACCGCAGUUCAUUGUCCCAUGCCGCGGCUUUGAGAACCUUGCUCCAACGUUGCUGGAGCUGAUCCGUCGCGAUGUUCGGAAAACUCUUGAGGACUCCUCGCAGCGCCCCUUCAAAGCCAUCGUUUUCCUGCCCACCACUGCGUCCGUCGUUGCCUACUCGUCCAUCUUCCGCCGCAUCAAGUACAAUGACAGCCUGAUCCCCACUGUCUUGGACAUUCAUUCUAAGCUCACCCAAAAUGAGCGCACCCGCAAUGCCAGUCAGUUCAAGAACAUGGAGAGCGGCAUCCUUUUCUCAUCUGACGUCACGGCCAGAGGUAUGGACUUCCCCAAUGUGACUCACGUUAUCCAAGUACACCUUCCCAACGACCGGGACCACUACAUUCAUCGUAUCGGGCGGACCGGGCGAGCUGGCAAGGAAGGCCAAGCCUAUCUCCUAGUUUCCGAUGCUGAAGUCCAAGGGGCGAGGGAACGGCUUCCGGGGUUACCCAUUCAGCGGGUCAAGGAUUUUGAAAGCGCCACGUUCCAGGUUACCAACCUGGAGGAUCUUCCACAAACCUUUGCCGAGGUUUUGGAAGCCUCAAAGAAGCAACCGUACGAUGUUCUUCAAAGCAUGUAUGCCGCGUUCCUUGGAGGCGCCAGCAGGGGCAUGGAUAAGGAGACCCUAGUGAACGAGAUCAACAGGAUGGCCAUGUACUCCUGGGGGAUGGAGGAGCCGCCCGCUGUCAGCCCUACUGCCGCGGCGCAUUACAAGCCCGGUCUCCUGCGGAUUGCGGAGCGCCGCCGACGUUCCGGUUUCGGCGACCGCGGAGGUUUCGACGACCGCAGGGGUUUCGACGACCGCGGAGGGUUCGGCGACCGGGCACAUCGCAACUCCCGCGGGCCCCGAAGGGACAGGGACAGCUUCUCCGUGCUCGAGCGAAGCAGUGAGCAGAGGGGGCGAAGCCGGCGCGCCCCAUCCGCGACCUUUUAAGGCCUUAUUGAAUUCAUGGGCAUCGGACCUCCUCAUGUUCGUUCUUUUCGAACAUCCGCCGACGCCCUGCUCGGGCGCUGUAACUUGUAUGAUAGAAGAUCUUGGCUCUUGCUCCUCUCGAGACGGAAAGAGGGGACGGUAGCGCAAGGUGUGCAAAAGCGGAAGUAAUGGCCAAAAAAGGAACGGGGGCGAGAUAAAUGCGCUGUAUAUAUCAUUGUCUACGGAGUUGGCCGGCUCGGGUUUAGAAUUGGGCUAUCAUGUCUUUGUCAGCUGUUUUAUCUGCCAGGCCCAGGGAAGAUUAUUUCUCGGCUUGGCUGGGCCAUUGCGUGGGAAACUGGACGGAUCUCACCUCUAUCAAGCUUUCUUGUAUGUACAUGUACACCGGGUUUCUGCUUGUGUCCCACCGGUAUCAUAUCCUAGUACUAAAUAGUGUAAGAUGGAGUGUAAUGAGUGUG